AUUCAUUAACAGAGUGGAUUAGCGGAGGAUCACAGAUCUGCUCUAAUUUGGCCAAGCGAGGCCCGCUCGCAGCCCUGCCGGCGGUGCGGUACGUGAUCCCGGAGGCCCCGCUGGGAGCCGUGUUUACGCUCCUGCUCUCCGGUUUCCGUCGCUGCCCGUCGUUCCGAAAGAGCCGCAUCCAGCUCUCGGACUGUAAAGCGCAUUCCGGCGGUGUCAGAGGGCGACGGAGCCCCGAGCCAACGGGGACGCGGUCCAGGGCACAUUCCGCAGCCCGAUCCUCUCCAAACCUCUCUAUCUGUAGUUGGCUUUGCCCUUUGUUCCCCUGACCCUUGUCCCACUGGAAACGCUUCCCCGGCCCUUCUGCAGGAGGAGCAGCUCGGUUUGCUUGGGCCAGCACUUGGUUCGCAAGGUUUCCCACGCGAGCAAGCGCCCUGAAUUGAGCAAGCGGUUGGAAACGCUGCGGGAAUUUGGGUUAUCAAAGCAAAAGCUUCAAAAUGUCACGUAUUCUUCAACAGAAAAGGGCGGCGGGGAGAAGCUGGUUGGGUUUCUGGGCAUGGACCCGCUCGUGGGAGCGUCCUCGCUCCGCUGGGCUGGUUUGGAGCUGCGAGGUGGUAGAUUUGGGUUAGAUCUAAGGCAGGAAUGCUUCGGCAGGGGGUCGGUUGGGUGCCCCAUCCCAAGGCUCGGAGCAGCCCGGCCUGGUGGAAGGUGUUGGAAUGGGAUGAUCUUCAAGGUCCCAACCCAACCCAUUCUCUCCCGGCGAUGAAUGGAGAGUGGAGUGACUCACGGUGCGGGAAGAGCCCGGCUUAGGAGCUGCAGGGUUGGGCCGAGCCAGAAACCAGGCCCUGGGGUGACUCACUGCAGCGGGGGCAGGGCGGGGGAAUGGGGGGUACGGCAGAUGUGGGCGCCGCGGUGACACCCGGAAACCGCCCCUAAUCCCGCCAUCCGAACCCUGCGGUGAUUCCGCGGGCCGGGCGCUGGGAGGACAAACCGCCAGUCCUGGGGGUCUGGGGGCUCCUCGUGGGAAGGAGGAGCUUGAGGAGCUUCGGAGAAGGGGACAGGGCUGGGGGGGCUGGAGCACAGUGUGGUGGGGACUGAGGGACCUGGGCAGCAGUCGCGAGUUGCACAGCGGGGGUUGAGGUUGUUAAUUUGGGGUGGUCUCUCCCCAAAGGGCUGUGGCUGUUGAACAGGCUGCCCAGGGCAGUGCUGGAGUCGCCAUCCUGGAGGGUUGAGAUGAGGUUCUCAGGGACACGGGUGGGUUCACGCUUGGACUCCAUCUUAAAACUCUUUUCCAACCAAAAGGAUUUUGUGCUUCUGUGAUUAAACCUGGACACGAGUAUCUUUUCUCCCCAGUUUUGAGGAGCAUGGAGAACCCCAAUUCCUCCCAUCCCAAAGAGCCGCUGCCCCCCUGCAAAGCGCCGCUUCCUGCCGCAGCUGAUGUUUUCUCCAUAUAUAUAUACAUUUUUCCCACCAUAUAUGGCUGCUUCCAGCAAAUUCCAAGCGAGGAGGAGGAGGAAGAGGAGGAGGAGGAGGCGCGGGCUGUGUCCCAGCGAAGGGACAGAGCGUGCCGGCGCUGCGGGAGCUGGGGACGCGGUGUGUCCCGCGGGUCGGUUGGUUGUGUCCCACGGGUCGGUUGGUUGUGUCCCGUGGGUCGGUUGGUUGUGUCCCGCGGGUCAGUUGUUUGUGUCCCGCGGGUCGGUUGUUUGUGUCCCGCGGGUCAGUUGUUUGUGUCCCGCGGGUCGGUUGUUUGUGUCCCGCGGGUCAGUUGUUUGUGUCCCGCGGGUCGGUUGUUUGUGUCCCGCGGGUCGGUUGUUUGUGUCCCACGGGUCGGUUGGUUGUGUCCCGCGGGUCGGUUGUUUGUGUCCCGCGGGUCGGUUGUUUGUGUCCCGCGGGUCAGUUGUUUGUGUCCCGCGGGUCGGUUGUUUGUGUCCCGCGGGUCGGUUGUUUGUGUCCCACGGGUCGGUUGGUUGUGUCCCGCGGGUCGGUUGUUUGUGUCCCGCGGGUCGGUUGUUUGUGUCCCACGGGUCGGUUGUUUGUGUCCCGCGGGUCGGUUGGUUGUGUCCCACGGGUCGGUUGUUUGUGUCCCACGGGUCGGUUGGUUGUGUCCCGCGGGUCGGUUGUUUGUGUCCCACGGGUCGGUUGGUUGUGUCCCACGGGUCGGUUGUUUGUGUCCCGCGGGUCGGUUGUUUGUGUCGCAGGGACGUCAUUGGUCACAACGGGACACGAGCGGCAUUCGGUGGCUCCGGGAAGCUGAUGCUUGUCCCCCCGCUCGCUUGUGACUCCACCGGGGGUUCCAGGUUUGGCGGCAGGAGGGGAGCGUCCCGGGGCAGUUUCUCAAUAACCGCAGCGGUUUUGGUGCGGAUUCGGAGGUUUGUGGUGGCUGGAAUCCAGUGCUGUUCCCAGGGCUCGACCCAGAACGCGCUGCAAAUUCCUCCCUGUUUGGGGUUCCCAAAAAUCACCUUUUUCCCUGGUUUUCCUGUGCUCCGGAGGAUGGAGAUGCUUUGGGGCUCAGCUCGGGGCCCCCUUUCCCCUCCCCGCCCCGAGGACGACGCUCUCAGGGCCGGGGCAGCGCGGCGCUCCCCUGGACCCCGGUUCCCGCCUCGGCGCGGCCUGUGCCACGCGGGGUUCCUCCACUUCCCGCUCUGACCAGAUCACGGGUGUUUCUCAAGAGGAAGCGGAAGAGCCAAGUGCCCGUGAGAACGGACGGGGCGCAGCCCUCGGGCGCCCGGGCACAGCGAGGAGCCCAAACCGGGGCGCUGCAGCCCCAGAGCGUGACCCGCGCCGCUCUUCGCCUUCAGCCGGGCUCCAAAUACGGGGUGAUGGGGAGGAAAAGUGUCGUAGAGCAAAAGGGUUCCCGAGCUUCCAUCCCUGCUUUUGGCCCUCAACACAUGCUGGAGGAAGUGAAGAAACAGGGGAAAAUCCUCAUUUUCAGCAGUGGGGGCCGCUGGGGUCUGAGCGGAGACGUCACCCCAAACACUGAGAGCCGGGUUGGGUGCCUGAAAUUGAGGGGGGACAGUCCCCUCUGCGUCCUUCUCAGCACGUCCCAGGCAGCGGUUCCGGGCGGUGGAACAAGCUGGAGCGUUGGGUGGCGCUGGGGUGAGGACAAACGUCCUUCCAGUCCCCAGGUGAACGUCCUUUGAGUCCCCAGAUGAACAUCCUUUGAGUUCCCAAAUGAACGUCCUUUGAGUCCCCAGAUGAACGUCCUUCCAGUCCCCAGAUGAACAUCCUUUGAGUCCCCAGAUGAACAUCCUUUGAGUCCCCAAAUGAACAUCCUUUGAGUCCCCAAAUGAACAGCCUUUGAGUCCCCAGAUGAACGUCCUUUGAGUCCCCAAAUGAACAUCCUUUGAGUCCCCAGAUGAAUGUCCUUCCAGUCCCCAAAUGAACGUCCUUCCAGUCCCCAGAUGAACGCCCUUCCAGUCCCCAGAUGAACAUCCUUUGAGUCCCCAGAUGAACGUCCUUCCAGUCCCCAGAGGCCUUUCGCAUAGUUUGGGCUGUGUGGACAUCUAGAGGCUCCGCCGGGAAUGGCACAGGAGGGCGGCUCAGCUGGGUUAUACUGCUGUAUCUGGGUUAUAUUGCUGUAUCUGGGUUAUAUCGGUGUAUCUGGGUUAUACUGGCGUAUCUGGGUUGUAUUGGUAUAUCUGCGAUAUAUUGGUGUAUCUGGGUUGUAUUGGCGUAUCUGGGUUGUAUUGGCGUAUCUGGGUUAUAUUGGCGUAUUUGGAUUCCAUUGGUGUAUUGGGAUGCUAUUGGCGUCUUUGGGUUAUCAAUACAUGGAUGCUAUUUGGAUGAUAUUCCCGUAUUCCGUACACAGUUCCAGAGGGGGGCAGCGAAGCCGCGUUUCGCUUUGGCUUCUCUGGCCGAUUUCUCGUGUUUUGAGGGUGUAAAUGCGGGUGAUGACGAGCGUUAAUCGUCGUGUGUUUGCGGGAAGGGGAAGGAAUGGCUGGAACGGGGUGACAGCUGUGGCGUUUGCCACCUCACGAGGACACGGGCAGGUUGGACACCCCAGGAUCUGGUUUUCGCGCUCCCGCUGCCCAGUGCCCCUGGCAGCUUCUUUCUUUUAUAUAUAUAUAUUUUAUUAUUACUAUUUGUUUAAUUUUUCUGUGCUUCGAGGUUCUUUUCCAUGAACGAUGCGGAAUCGGAGCGGGAUGGGACGUCGGAGCAGCGCAUUGUCCCCAGCUUGUCACACCUUCCACCGGUGACAACCUGGGGCUGGCAAAGCCCAGCUCUGACCCCAGACUAGAACCCCUUGUCUCAACCGCCCAGGUUGGGCAUCUGGACACAAACAGCCCCAUAACAUCGUCUGGGGUUGCCAGCGUCUUUUUUAGCAGGUUGCAUGUGCUCGGAAAUACAAGGGUGAGAUCCAAGCUCUCCUGACGUCAAUGGAAACGGCCCCGCUGACCUGGGCGGGCUGGACCCGGGCCCACGUUCCGCUGCUUUAUUUCCGACUGCAACCCGUCAGGGCUGGAAAGGCCGUUGUUUAUUCAUCCUCGCAGGCUUCAAGUGGCUCUGCAUGGCUUUGCUCCCUCGCCGGGGAUGCGGGGCAGCGUCUGGAGAGCAGGCGCAAACGCCUUGGCCGCUGCAGCUAGGCCAGGCCACGGGUCGGGUCUAAGCAGGUCAGGUCUAAGUUGGUUGGGUCUAAGCGGCUCGGGUCUAAGCGGGUCGGGUCCAAGCGGCAACGUGAGGGACGUGGUGGCGUCAGGACCUGCUGGGACUCCCCAGGACCAGAACCAGGAGCUCCAGAGCCCCGUGGCUGCUCGGGGUGCUCCGGUCACCUCUGGCCUCAGUCCCCAAGGGUCCUCUUGGGUUGGGUUCAGGAAGCCCAGGAGGAGGAGUUGGACCGGAUGGUCCCUGAGGGUCCUGGUGGGGGAUGUUUGGUGUUCCUGACGGGCUUUGCAGGUGGAUGGUGCCUGAGGGGUCUCGGAUCCCCUUUCACAGGCAGACCCAGCAGAUCCCGCUGCUGCAACGGAGCCCUUGGGGCGCCGUUCAUUGUCCCCUCCCCAGCGUGGAGGGGACACGUGUGGGUUGGGCAGCGUGGGGGCUGCACAACCACGGAGGUGAGCCGCGGCGCUGCGGCGGGCGCUGGGCCGCCCGCUCGGUGGCGCUGGAGGCAGCGCAGGUUGGGCCGGGGUGCCCGUGGCUCCGGGGGGCGGGACCCUGCGCUCUCGGGGGAAUUCCCCCCUCCCGGUUGGGUUCUGCCUGGCGGGCCCCGGUACCCAGGGGGUAGUUGUGCUUUGCACCAUCGAACCCACCGGGGCGCGUUUUGCGGUCGUUGGGCGGCGUUCCGGGUGCUGUGGGAAACAGCUCCCACGCCCCCAAGCGGCCGCCUUUCACUGGCCUUUAUUUUAUUUACUUUUAUUUUACUUGUUAUUAUUAUUAUUAUUAUUUUUCUUUUCUCUUCUUAUCUUUCUCCUUUUCUUUUCUCUUAUUUUCUUCUCUUUUUGUUUUUGAUUUUAUCGUUAUAUUUUAUAUGUUACAUGUCACAUGUCAUGUCAUAGGUUACAUGUUAUGUGUUACAUGUUAUAUGUCAGAGGUUGUAUGUCGUAUGUUAUAUGUUCUAUGUCACAUGUGAGAUGUUAUGUAUCAUAUGUUGUAUGUCAUAUGUUACAUGUUAUAUGUCAUGUGUCAUAUGUUACAUGUCAUGUGCCAUCUGUUAUAUGCCAUGUGUCAUAUGUUACAUAUUAUAUAUUAGAGGUUGUGUGUCAUAUGUUACAUGUUAUGUGUUACGUGUUAUGUGUUGCAUGUUAUAUGUCAGAGGUUGUAUGUCAUAUGUUAUAUGUUCUAUGUCACAUGUUAGAUGUUAUAUAUCAUAUGUUACAUGUUAUAUGUUAUGUGUUAUGUGUUACAUGUUAUAUGUUCUAUGUCACAUGUUAGAUGUUAAAUAUGUGUCAUAUAUUAUAUGUUAUAUGUAAUGUGUCAUGUUAUAUGUUAUGUGUUACAUGUUAUAUGUCAGAGGUUGUAUGUUAUAUGUUAUAUGUUAUAUGUUAUAUGUUAUAUGUUAUAUGUUAUAUGUUAUAUGUUAUAUGUUAUAUGUUAUAUGUUAUAUGUUAUAUGUUAUGUAUGUUAUAUGUUAUAUGUCACAUGUUAGAUGUUAGAUGUCAUGUUACAUGUUAUAUGUCCUGUGUCAUAUGUUACAUGUUAUGUGUUCUAUGUCAUAUGUUAGAUGUUAAACAUCACGUGUCAUAUAUUACAUGUAAUGUGUCAUGUUAUAUGUUAUGUGUUACAUGUUAUAUGUCAGAGGUUGUAUGUUCUAUGUCACAUGUUAGAUGUUAUAUGUCAUGUUACAUGUUGUAUGUCAUGUUACAUGUUGUAUGUCACGUUACAUGUUGUAUGUCACGUUACAUGUUGUAUGUCACGUGUCAUAUGUUACACGUUAUUUUAAUUUGAUUUUUCUUUUGUUUAAUUUUUACUCUUUAUUGCCUAAUUUCCUCAGCUGGCCCAGCUCGGUCCCCAGGGUGAUCGGGGCCCACAAGGCGCUGCGGGCGAGCGGGCUCGGGGCCGUUAUUGUCUCUUUGUCUUCAGCCGCUGCUGCCGCCCGGAGGGAAACGCGGCAGGACACGGGGACUCGGAACCGGACGUUUAACGGCAAACCUCCGGGGGUUCGCGGGGAAGUGGAGAAACCCCAACACGUCAGCGUGGGCGUCGGGUCGGGAAGCGCGGAGCCUCCUCCAGAACGUUCUGUAGCUCGUUGUGCCCUUGGCCAGCGGGAACAGAACAGGGACCAAAGCUGAGAGACACCGACGUGAGGGUUAUAAAACCACAGACCCCCGCGCCCCAUGAGCCGCCGUUCUCCCAGCGGCACCGAAUGUAAGUCCUCUUUAUUUAAAAAACCCAUACAGAAAAUAUCUCUGAUCAUAUAGAACUCUCUAUAGAACUCUAUCCGCUUUACUUAAAGCCUCUUAAAUAUAUUAAACGCCUCGUUUGGCUUCACCUCUAUAGCUCUGUACAUGUGCUCGUUGUUCCCUGCCCAUCGAUGCCGUCUUUUGUUGUGUGUUUUUCACUAUUAACUCUGUUUUCACGAGGGAAUCCCGCGGCCCCGCUGGCUCUGGGGGCGCUUGUGCGGGGACAGAGCCGCGGUGGCCCCAGGGGACCUUCCCUCGCUGGGACUCAGCACUGGUCCCAGCCCAGACCUGGCUGGAUUGGGUCCCAGACGGGUGCCAGGACACCAAACCAACCAGACGGGUGCCAGGACACCAAGCGGAGCCCGAGGUGCCGGGAGCUCAACGCUCCGCGGCUCCGGCGCUGCAAACCAGCACGUCAUUCAUCCAGAAACGAAGAAUACAGCACGAGACGGUGGGUUUGCAGCCCUGAGAUCCCAACCCGUGCUCACGAUGCCCCAAAACCAGACUGAUUGCCUUUUUUUUCGUCGUGGGACUGUGGAAGCAGCUGCGUUGAGGGCCCCAAAAUCCACCAAACAAUGUGGUUUUUAAGUGCUCAAACUGGAGAUCUGGGUUUGGAGGCUGUUCCUGCGGAACCCGUGGGUGCCCUGAGCAAAACCGGCUACGGUAACAGCGAAAAGGUGUGAAGUGAGUUCCUGGAGAGGCCUCGGGGGCAGCGGGGUUUUCGGAACGCCUCUUCGCCCCACGUUUCUCUCUUUAUUAAACCAGCUGCCACGUCCUCAUCGGGUUCCUGGGGGAGAAGAAGGUUGUUCACAAUGAGAACAAUCAGCGUUGGGGUAAUUUCCUCAGGGAGCGGCGGAAUCCCCAACGUUGGGCGCGUUUGGGGUUCGUUUGGACAGGGUCGGCUUGUCCAGACCGUGUUGUGCCAAGACAAGUUGGACCAGAUGAUCCUCGAGGUCCCUUCCAACCUGGGAUUUGAUGAUUUGAUGAUUCUGGGGAAGAGGAAAAGCAUCAGAAUCCACUGGAAAAAGCAGCGAUCUGCCUUUGGGAGAGGAAGCGGGUCCGGUCGGAGCCGCCUGCGCGAGGGCAGCGCACGGGGGUCCCUCAUCCCCCGCCUCCUGAGGUCUGCGGUUCCUUCUUCCGACGCGGCGAGACUCAAAAGUGCUACAGACCAACCCACAAAGCAGAGGCGAGGAGGAGGAGGAGGAAGGACGCGGAGCCGCGCGGGCAGCUCGCCCCGGCCUGGAAGAUGUGCAGCUUCUCCGCGUCGGGAAGGAAAACGCGGGCGUCUUCCAGGGCGCCGUGGGCCGCCAUGGUGAAGUUGGCGUCGCCCGAGGUGACCACGUCGAAGACGCAGGACUGGAAGUAGACGUCCUCCACGGGCAGCAGCUCCUUGCAGAGCGCCCGCGCCGUCUCGGCGGGCAGGCGGCCGCGCGGGCUGCGGGACAGGCGCUGGCUCCGCGGGCACCCGCCCACGCACAGCUGCAGGUCCUGCUCCGCCGUGAAGGCCCGCGCCACCUCCUCGGCCGCGCGGAUGGCGAAGGAGAGCUGGCGGCCGGCCUGGCGCACGGCGAUGGUGGUGCCGAUGUAGUCGGCGCGGAUCUCCACGUGCCGCCCGGGGCUGCGCUCCCGGAUGGCCAGGCUGCUGCCGCCCGGCCGCUCGCCCCCGUUCACCGAGCCGUCCUCGAAAGCCGCCGGCAGGUUGUCGAUCUCGGCCUGGUAGACCUUCUGGUCGAUGCAUUCCUUCAUGUUCUUGAAGAUGAUGGUGAGCUGCAGAGGGGGCAGAGAAUCGGAGAACCGGUUGGGUUGGAAGAGACCCUCAAGGUGACCAAGUCCAAUCAUAACCCACCCGCGGCACUGCCCCGUGUCCCUGAGAACCUCAUCUGUGUAUCCAACCCCCCAGGGACGGUGACUCCAGCACUGCCCUGGGCAGCCUGUUCAACACCCACAGCCCUUUGGGGAGAAAUCACCCCAAAUUUCCACCCUCACCCUCCCCUGGAGCAACUUGAGGCCGUUUCCUCUGGUCCUUUGCUACCUGGGAGGAGACACCAACCCCUCCACGCUCCCACCUCCCUUCGGUGUUUGUGGAACUCUAGAGGGGGUUUGGUCUCACCUGCUGGCUGUGAACGUGGUGCCGUGUCCCCACCCCAGCUAUCACCCCUCUAGGGGAGGACAGAGCAUGUCCCACACAUCAGCUUCACUGAUUCACCCACCUGCCCCAGAUCAUCUCUCACACGUUGCCACCGUCCUUUUGGGGAAGCAGCAACGUUUCCCUCUUUCCUUCCUUCCUUUCUUUCUUUAAUACCGUUUAACCACUGACAACUGAGGUGGAGCCAAGCGCACAGGCUGCUGUGAAUUUGGGGGUGUCCUGUGCAGGGACAGGAGUGGGACUCGAUGAUCCUUGUGGGUCCAUUCCAGCUCAGGGCAUUCUACGGUUCUAGGAUUCUGUGAUUCUAUGGUUCAAGGAUUCUGUGAUUCUAUGGUUCAAGGACGCUAUGGUUUGAGGAUUCUAUAAUUCCAUGAUUCAAGGAUUCCAUGAUUCUAUUGUUCAAGAACUCUGUGGUUCGAGGAUUCUAUGGUUCUACGGUUCAAGGAUUCUAUGAUUCUAUGGUUCAAGGACUCUAUGAUUCUAUGGUUCAAAGAUUCCAUGAUUCUAUGGCUCAAGGACUCUAUGGUUCAAGGAUUCUCUGAUUCCAUGGCUGUCCAGGUCACCCGUGGACCUCGCGAUAACCCAUCCCCGGGCACCAAUGGGAGUGUUUGCAGGUCUCUCCUGUCCUGUCCCCAAGGACCGCGGUGCCCGCAGACCUCACUCCUGCUCCCACCCGCGUUCAGCUGAAGCUACUGCUGCCCUCUCCAGCCAUUUUCGGGGGUGCAGGGCCGCGUGGUUUGCCGUGGAGCCCUGCGUUACCUUGCUGGUGACCGUCGCGUUGGAGCCCUUCGCCACCGGCGAGCUGGUGGCUUGCACGAACAGGUAGUCAUUGUCCAGGAGUGGCCAGGAGCCCUCCACCCGGCAGGUGUGGAAGUCGUGGUGGAAGGUGCGGAUGUGGGGGUCCCCGAAAGCCGCGCAGUGCUGGUAGCUGGGGGGCUGCCCGUGCUUGUAGAGGAAACUCUUCUCGUAGUCGCACACGUCGAGCGACUCGAAGCCCUGGUGGUCGGGGGCCGGCGGGCGCGGCGGGGACGUGGGGCCGUCCUUGGAGCAGUUGUUCUGGAUCAUGAGGUCCUCGAUGCCGUGCACGGCGGAGUGGUAGGCCAGGUCUCCCCGGCACGUGCGGGCCGUCCUGCGGGUGCAGCGCGAGUAGGAGCGCAGCGCGUCGCAGACCGCGCCGUUCCUGCCGCCGCCGCGCAGGUUGAGCGUGGCGGCCACGUACUCCGAGUUGCAGCGCAGGAUCUUGCACUGGGAAGAGACUGGGAGAGACAGGGCGGCCGGGAGCGCCCCGGUGGAGCUGUGGGACCCGGGGGGGCGGCAGCUCGUCCUGCGCCCACCCCCAGCCCAGGGCAGCCACAGCUACCCGAGAGCGGCUGCGCAGGGAGGGACUUGGGCUCUGAGGCUGGAAAUUUGGGGUAAUUUCUUCCCCGGAGGGUUUGUGGAGAUGAACAGGCUGCCUCGUGGUCCCAUGAUGGAGGGAUUUCUGGAAGCACUUGUGUCCCAGUUCUAACGAACUCAGCGGCCAGUUUAAUUGACCUGCUCCCUUCAGGCCUGAUUGGAACGAACGCAGGGCUGCCCGCCGCGGGCACGUCCCGGUGCAGGUGCCGGUGGGGCUUCCCGACCCAGCGGGGACAGGAGGUGGUACCUGCGGCACGCGCGGGGCCGGGAGCCAAGGGCAGCCAUGGGACCGUGGCCCAGGGACGUGGCCGGGACGGAUUCUCCACCCCAGGCCUUGCCAGGGGACAAGAGGGACAGAAUUUCGGAGCCGGGAAACCCCUUCUUCCCGUUCCAAGCUUGGCCAGGCAGUGCGGUCGCUCCUUGGCCGGGGGCUCGGUGGCACCAAGGGCACGCUGGCCCUGGAACGUGACUGCUGGGUGCCGCACAGGGCUGCGCCGUGUCCCACGGCUCCGGGAGGAGCUAACGAACACCCCCGGCUCGUUAAGCUAAUGGGUUAUAAGGACGGCCGCCCUGGCAGGUGAAUGCGAGCUGGGUGGGGUGCUGGGAAAUCAAUGUAGGCUUUGGAGGGUGGAGGUCUCAGCUCUCCUGGCAGAGCUGGGACCGAGUGCUGCACAUGGCGGGUGCCGCUCACCGGGAGACCUUGAACUUGGGCGGUGCCCUGCUGGCCCCGGCUGAUUUAGGGAGAUGAUGGAGCUUUGUAAAGGCUCUGCUAGGGAUGCUCUCCUAGGGAUGCUCUCCCAGGGAUGCUCCCUUUGGGGUGCUCCUUUUAGGAUGCUCUCUUGGGGAUGCUCUCUUUGGGGUGCUCUCUUUGAGGUGCUCUCCUAGGGAUGCUCUCCCAGGGAUGCUCUCUUGGGGAUGCUCUCUUUGGGGUGCUCCUUUUGGGAUGGUCUCCUUGGGAUGCUCUCCCAGGGAUGCUCUCAUUGGGAUGCUCCCUUUGGGGUGCUCUCCUCAGGAUGCUGUCCUCAGGAUGCUUUCUUAGGGAUGCUGUCCUAGGGAUGCUCUCUUUGGGGUGCUCUCCUCAGGAUGCUCCCUUUGGGGUGCUCCCUUUGGGAUGCUCUCCUAGGGAUGCUCUCUUUGGGAUGCUCUCCUCGGGAUGCUCUCUUUGGGAUGUUCCCUUUGGGAUGCUGUCCUCGGGAUGCUGUCCUUGCAGAGGAAUGCCCUGCGAGGGGCAGGUGAUGCUGGUGGGGAGCUGCCAGCCCUUCCCAUGGCUCCGGUGGCCAAGGGCAUGAUGCAAGGACCUUCUCCUUGCCCCAGUUGCCUCCCAGGAGCUCCACCAUCCCUGUCCGCCCCUGCACCCGUGGGGACCCUCAUCGGAAUGAGUGCCCGUGCAGCCCCUUACCAUGCCUGCAGGAGAGGAGGAGGAAGAGAGCUCGGAGGAAGAAGAAGCCAGGGUUGUCCAGCUGCCCCGGGCUCUUACAGCAGGCAAACAGCUGGUUAAUGUGUAACGUGGCUCUGGCCGGGGCCGGGAGGGACCCAGCCAUGGGUCCUGCGGGCCAUGGGACCUUCUUUGGGACGUCCCGACCCCACAGUGUUGGGACGAGGACGGCGGCAGCGGCUGCAGAUGCUCCACAAGCCCAAGGCGAUGCCACCUGGGAGAGGAGAUGGAGCCGGGGGCUCGGACACCCCAGUCCUCCCUCUUUCUGGAGCCACCUGGAUACGGACCAGACGCCAUGGUGUUGGUGACAAUGUCCUGUGACUUGGACCCUUGUCCCAGCCCCACUCACCUGCAUCCGAGUCCGCCAGAAAUGAGCUGGUUCCCAGUACCGGGAGCUGGUUCCCAGUAGCGGGAGCUGGUUCCCGGUACCCGCAGCUGGUUCCCGGUGCCAGGAGCUGGUUCCCAGUGCCAGGAGCUGGUUCCGGUGCCAGGAGCUGGUUCCGGUGCCAGGAGCUGGUUCCCGGUACCAGGAGCUGGUUCCCGGUACCCGCGGCUCCUCGCGCAGUGCGCACAGGGACUGGCUUGUCCUUGUCACCAAGCUCUACCUUGAGUGGCCGACAGAGCAAUGACAGCCAAGAAAGCGCCAACCUGGGUCCUGGGCACCUCCACGGGCUCGCGUGGAUAAAAUCCAAGGUGCCGGUGUCCCCCCCUGGGUUGGGGACACAGGGAGCAGCCCCGCAUGGGACCCCGCGGUCCCUGCCCUUCCUCCCCCGUUACCUUUGCUCCGUCCUCGUCCCCCCGCGGGCCAGGGGAUGGGUGUUGAAAUAGACCCGCCUAAAUUUAGACCGGCUCAAACCCAGCCAAGAACAACAAGCGGAGGGUGGCAGAGGGGGACGGUGAGUGGCACGGUGUGUGACACGGGGCGGGCGGCGGGGACGAGGAGGAGCUGGGAGCCCCCAGACCCCCCAGUUGGGUGGUGGCACUCGGUGACACUCGUGUCACUCGUGGGGUUGCGGGAUCCUCAGAGAUCAUUGAUUUUCCUUUGCUGGGUCGCGUUGCACCCUGGGCUGAGUCCCCGUGGAAAAACACCCAGUUCCCACAGGGAAUAAUUUUGUUGACCGUGUCUCUUGUAGAGAGACACGGAGCGAGCGUUGGGGUGCAGAGAGGAGAAAUGGGGGGUAACCAGAAUAUAACACCCGUAUUGCAGCGUGUGUUGUAGGACACGGGUCUGGUGCAACCACAGAAUCAUUUGGUUGGGAAAGCCCCUCGAGAUCACGGAGUCCAACCAGAACCCCCCGGCACUGAACGUGUCCUGAGAACCUCAUCUGUGUGUCCAGCCCCCCAGGGACGGCGACUCCAGCACUGCCCUGGGCAGCCUGUUCCAACACCCACAGCCCUUUGGGGAGAAAUCACCCCAAUUCCCACCUCGACCCCCCCCGGUGCAACUCACAGCCGUUCCCCAUGUCCCGUGUGUGCUGAGGAUCAAUCCCGCGCCACAGCGCCCGGACAAGCGCCAAACCGCCGCCAAAAGCCAAAUCUACCCCCCAACUCCCCCCAGUAAAAUCCACUGAUUGAGGAGGCGGUUGGGUCACCAAAUUCCCCUCCUGCCCCCAAAAUGAUGUUUUCCCCGCGCCCAGGACAGGGGAAGAGCCCCAGAUCCCGGUGGUCACCUUUUGGUGCCAAGCAGGUAUUUUGUCACCUGGAGCCGCGUCACCCCCCCAAAGGGAGGGGACGGCGCGGUGACAGCUCGGCCACAGCCCAACCGCGACCGCGGUGAGGUCGGGUAGGGCUUUUGGUUUAAACCGUUGAGUUUUGGAGAUUUAACCUGCUCGGGUUCAAUGUGGUUUGCCCAGCCCAGCUUGGCGUCGGUCGUGUCCGCGAACCUGCCGCAAAACCGCCAGGUUUGCCCCCAAAACGGCCCGCGGGGAUGGGGACACUCAGAAAACGGGUCUAAAGAGGCGACGGGUCUGCGAGGAGAAACAAACCCUCCUGCCCCCCAGCAUCGCCCCCACUUACCCGGCAAACGCCGCCGCCCGCGCCGCCCAGUGUCCCUGAGCCCUGCGGCCGCGGGUGCCGUCCCGGCGCGGGUUUGGCUGCCAAUGCCGCGGCACCGGGGGCAGCGAACAGCUGAGCGGUGCCGCUCGUCCGCACCGCGAGCGGAGCGGGGGCGUUAAAAAUAGCCGGAGCAUUUCUGACCCCGAAAGGCGGAUUCUGGUGGGGAGGGGAGUGGGGAGAGGAGCCGAAGGAUUCCGGAGCACGAGCUCUAAAUGGGGCACACGGGGUGAGGGGGACGCGGGUCCCGGCCAAACCGCGCGGGGCUGCCCGUCGGGGCUUUGGGGGAGCAACGAGCGGGUUGGGGUGCAAAGAGACCCUGGGGGUCCCGGUAGCGGCAGCACCUGGAGGCGGAAAAACCCGCCAAGGCGCCGAGUCCGGGUUGAGCGGAGCUCGUCUCCAUGUUCCUGCGGCUCGGGCGUCCCGGGAAGGACCACAAACCGCGGUGCUGAGCCCUGGACGGGGAGCAGUGGGGGUGGCGGAGCUGUGGGGGCGCCACCGAGUCCCCGUCCCCUCCGCCCGGCGUCCCCAGAGCAAACCGUCCGUCUGUCCGUCCCAUCCGGAGGAUAAAUGACCCGGCACCUGCUGCAGGGCAGCUGGGCGCUAAAAACGGCGGGACAGGUGGGGAGGGAAACGCUGAGGGGCGGCUUAACGUGGUUUAAGUUUAGUUUAAGGUAUGUUGGCUUAAUCCAAGUUUGCUUUGGCUUUUAAACAUUUAUUUCUACUUUAUUCACUAUAUUUUAUUCUCUGUUUUCUCUCUGCAAACCCACUAAGCCCGUGACUUAGAGCUGGCGGCAGCUCCUCUUUAUAAAUUCAGAGUCCGUCCGAGCCCAAAGAAAUGACGUAUCCCUGUCCUUAUUUUAUAGAAACCUUAUAGAUUUCCUAUAAUCAGCUUCUCUGCCUUUUGCUAAAGGUUACAGUUUUAAUUUCUUUUUAAACCAAAGUAACGGAUUGAACCCUCCUGGAUUCAAGAGGCGUCGGGGCUUUAAGCUUCAAUAAGGGGCACCGGGACGUUUUUGGGGCACGAAACGGGGGCAAAGGCAGAUGUGCGAGUGCAAUGGUGUGACGGGCGACCUGAACGGCCGCGGGCCCAGCGGGCGGAGCGGACAGACGGACACCCCGUCGUGGGGAACGGGCUGAGAAUCCACCGUGGGAAACCAGGACGUCCUUGAUCGCCGGUUCAAGCAGAGCUUUACAAUCCUGCUAUUUCCCCAGGCUUCUUUCUGCCAGAUUUUUGGGGGGAUUGUGGGGAAUUCAGUCCAUUUUUAGGGGAGUGGAGGCGUGGAGCGGGACGGUGACGCCCCCAGCGCCGGGACCUGGGACACAUUGGAAUAUUUACAAAGCAAGAAAAAGGGCGCAAAGGACAGUGGGAAGGGGGAAAAGCUGGGCCCUGGUCCGGCCUUCUGGGCCCAGCCUUGGCAAGCCCGGCUUUGUGGGGCUGCUGCUGGGGCAGGGAGGGUUUAGGUUUGGUUUCCCCGAGCGUCCCCUGAGCCGCUGACCCUGCGGGAGGUGACAAACCCACCGCAACGGGCGGCUUUUGGGUGUCCCCAGCGCCCCCCCGGCCCCAGCACCCCCACCCGCCCCCCCGGCCCUUGGCCUUUCCCACCGUGACCUUGACCUUCAGGCUGACAGCCUGAUGGAUGCUGAUUUACGACGUCCUUUCGGAUUUGGGCGAAAGAGGCCAAAACCUCCGGGUUUCGGGGGGGGUGACCGAGCGGGAGAUUCGUCAACCUCGGAGGCGGGGGGGGGGCGCCCCCGGCUGUCCGCCGUGAUUUAUUUGUCAACGGCCGUGAUUAAAUUGGCCUUCGCUAAUGAUAACGAACUA